ACAUCCUGGAGUAUCACUGUUGCAUUUCAAAGAAGAACUUUGUUCCGAAUUUGCCAGCUCAUUAAUGUUGAAGCCAAUUAGUGACAUAAAUAAUACAGCAGAGAAAUAACAGACUAUAUUACCGAAUUAGCAGUCCUUGUUUCGUGAACCAUGGAUGAUGCAGUGAAAAUGCUUUUGUGCACCGCCGCCGUCGCCGUGCUGUGGCUUUACAAAAAUGUAAAUGGCUUUCUUUUUUGCAUCAUCCUCAUAAUGGUGCUUUUGAUGUUUUUUUAUCUUCAAUCAACUGAACAACACAACAAACCGCAGCAUCCUACUAGGCAGUCCGAAAGACGCACGAUAACGGACAUGAAAUACAACUUAGAUCAUCCUUUAGUCCGAGUUUGGCUUCCAGACGAGGACAACAAAUACGGCCAUGUUUCGCUGCAAACCAACAAGUACUACAUGAGUUUCUGGCCUCAGAAAAGCAGCCGCAAAAAAAGCGACAUCGAAAAACUCUUGGGCGCUCCUGCCUGUAUCAUCUUCCAUCCGGACUUUGAUUGCAAGGAGGAAGGCAAUAGAUUUCCCGAUCACAAAUUACCUGUCACGAUUGCUACGUGCAGCGACAUGGAUAGACUUUACGAAAGAUUCCUCGCCUAUAAUGGAAUAGACAAAGAGGAAGUGAACCUUAACAAAGGCUGUAACAUCCGUAAUCGUGACGAAUUGGCGAACAGGCGUAUUGAGGAAGACCUUGAUAAAACAAGGUACACGUUUCUACCAAAGCUGUGUUAUAAAAACGAAGAGCCAUUUUAUCGCAGUGGACAAAGCUGCGUCUCCUUCGUAUAUCACAUGAUCGAAUGGUCGAAAUAUUCAGACUCCAAAACAGUCAAAAUCGAAUUUUUUGGAAAACUUUUUAAGUUUCUCGACAAAGUAACUGCAAGUUUCCCUUUGGAGCCACCGAAAAGAGAGGUUUAUACUCAAGUCUGGAUGCAUACUGUUGAUGGAAGAAUUGUUCAAGGCGUUGAAAGAAUGAUGGAAAAUCAAUGGACCGGAGAACUAACACACCCUAACUUGUAUAAGAGACAGGUCACAACAGAACCUCUCACUCUUUCUUAUGAAACUUCAACUCAUGUUGAACAAGAUAAUACCACGAAUCUCGGAUUUGGAUCUAUAUGGAAAGUUCCUGAUUUCAUUGAGUCUCUUUUCUGUGAACCAAAAUAGGGAACAAGUAUAUCAAUAUGCAUGAGUAACCUGCCCAACGAUUUGUCCUGCCAUGUGAUAAAUUAACUCGUAUGCUAAUUCGA